CAUCCGCGAUGCAGCUUUUCCUAAUACGUCUGACCGUAGCGGUCCUUUUGAGUGUAGCGAUUUUCGUUCAAUUUACGGAAUCUGCAGCGCUUUUCGAUCAAGACAGUGCUCACUUUAAGGCACAGCAAAAAUCUUGCAGUGAUCUGUGCGGUUUUUGUCCGUCCUGUAAUGGGUUCUACUGUGGCGAGGAGUGCAUAUGCGAGUGCCGCCAGGAUGCGAACGAUCAUGUUCAAUGCAUCAGCAAGAUUAAGGAAAACAGUGAUAAAAUGGGCCUGUUGUACGAUGUGCUAAUUCAGCUGCCGAAGAGUAAGUCUCGCCAGGUACGAAGCGCGUCACCCAGCAAGAAGAUAACAAUCGACGACGAAGCCACUUUUCGGAAGGUGUUGGAGCUGAUCCAGUUACCGAUGCAUCUCACAAAGACGCCACUCCAGCGCUGGACGGGAAGAGGCAAACGGCGUAACCCGGGAGCGAGACGAAUCUCGCUGGAGUUGAACCACUGAGGCUCGGGCCAAUGGAGUCGACUAGAUAGAAUUACAGCAAUAUUCUCUUGAAGACCUAUUACUGUUUAGACUGAUUGUACAAGUUAUUGUUUUCAAACUGGUUUACAAAUGUGUAUUUUUCAAGAUUCUAAAUAG